AAAUUGUUUGGAAUUUUAUUAGUUACUACAAAUUUUAUAAUGUAAAUAAUUUGAUCGUAACGGACAAUUAAUUCCCCACCAUCAAGGUUUUGAGUUCAAUAUUCCAUUGGAGGAUUAAACAAAUUUUUAGUUAAGCAGUUUCUCGUCCAUCUUAGAGAGUUAAUAUACAAAAUAGUUUUGGUAUCAUUGUGUUUGUAUAUGCUUGUCUUGUACCAAUUCAUAGUGAUUAAACCGUCCAAAAGGAACCAAAAUCAUGGCGGCCACCGAAGGAAAGAUGCAAAAGAGAAAAUCCAUUGCCCAACAAAGACGUAAAAAACUACGCGAAGAGCAUCCAUCAUAAACAACAUUAUCACAACAGGUUUCGAAUACGCAAAAGAUAUCGAUCACUUCCAGAUUGAUGGUAUAAUAGUUGUUUGUUUCCUGGUCUCUGUUUGAAUGGUUGAUGGAGAGAAGUACUGAAGCUCUUGUCGAAAACGGCAUUCUUGAAAUGCAAGAACUAAUCUUGGUCAGUGAAGAUCAGAAGCCACUUCCGAAGCUCAAGCACUGGAAAUGGUGGCUCAUGGUGGCGUUCAACGUUGCCUUUUUACUGGUUGGACAAUCAGCCGCUACCGUAUUGGGUAGGUUUUACUUCAAAGGAGGAGGAGAAUCUUUAUGGAUGGCAACACUUGUCCAAUCUGCAGCAUUUCCAGUCCUUCUCCUCCCACGCUUCUUCCUACCCUCGGCCAAAAGCCUCCCCACUGAAUCAACAACAACAACCUUCAUUUCUAAGCCUUCUGUUCUCAGUCUUGCCUCUCUUUACUUCUUCCUUGGAACGCUAUUGGCAGGGGACAACUUUUUGUAUUCGGUCGGGCUUCAUUAUCUUCCUUUGUCUACGUACUCUCUUCUUUGUGCCGCACAGUUAGCAUUCAAUGCAAUCUUUUCUUUCUUCAUCAAUUCUCAGAAGUUCACAGCUCUCAUACUCAACUCUGUAGUUAUUAUCAGCUUAUCAGCCUCACUCAUUUCAGACUAUUCUGAGUCCUCAGAUCAAGAAGACCAUGAAAAAAAGGAUUCAAAGGCACAAUACAUAGCCGGUUUCUCAUGCACUCUUGCUGCAUCCGCAGGUUAUGCACUCCUGCUGUCUCUCAUGCAGUUCUCCUUUGAAAAGAUACUGAAAAAGGAAAGCUUUUCAGUGGUCUUAGACAUGCAGAUUUACACAUCUUUUGUUGCUACAUUAAUUUGCAUAGUGGGUUUGCUCGCAAGCGGUGAAUGGAAGGAAUUGAAGUGUGAAAUGGAAAGGUCUGAGAAAGGGAAAGCUGUUUAUGUAAUGACUUUGGUUGGGAUAGCUCUGGCUUGGCAGGUCUGUUCAGUUGGAGUUGUGGGGUUGAUCUUCAUCGUGUCGUCUCUGUUCUCGAAUGUUGUCAGUAUGUUUACUUUGCCACUUGCACCUGUUGGUGGUGUGGUAUUGUACAAGGAAAAGAUGGAUGGAGUUAAGGUGGUGGCAAUGUUGUUGGCCAUAUGGGGUUUUGCUUCUUAUAUCUACCAGCAAUACCUUGAUGACCAGGAGGCCAAAACUACUGAAAACAAUGGUUCAAAUGCUGUACUUGAUAGUUCUAGUUCGUAAUGCUUAUUAAUUUGGCUUAAGAAUUGUUGUUUAGGAAUAGGGGGGAAAAAAAUGAACUUUGUUUUUGUUUAGAAACUGCCGACGCACUCAAGUUUUCACAUCAAGAUGGAUCUUCUUGAUUUGUUUAUAAUAUAUAUAUAUAUAUAUAUAUAUGAUUUCAGAGCAACUUUGCUGGUGAUUAUGUGAAACCAUGGCCUGCAUAUCGAUAAUCUAAUGAGAAAUCUGAUGAUGAAUCCUCAAAUGAAGACAGCUUAAUCAAUUUACAAAAAUCCAUUUACAGAGCAAAUCAGAUAUAUAUAUAUAUAUAUGAUUUCUGUACAAUACAUAUCAACUUCUAAGUAUAACAGGACCCAGUUUCCAACUUCAUUUACAGCAGAAAAUAUCUGUAUAUACAUAUAUGAUAUCCAUUAUCACCAUCACCCAGCUUCCAUUUCAUGAAAAUCAACUAUCAUCAUCUAGGAGUUGCUUAGAUGGAUUUUGUUGAACACCCUGAAAACAGAACCACUAGAAUUGCUCUGUUUCACUUUGGAUUGAUGAUGAUCAUGAGUUGCUUGGAUGGAUUUUCUUUACGCCCAGGAAACUCAUGAGUUUCGCCUGAAGAAGCCUUGGCUGUUUGCUGUUGUUCAAUUUGCUUUAGUUUUCUGUUUGUGGAGUUUCCGCAUGACAUAAGCUUCUGUAAGAGCAUAACCAGGAGUUGACAUGGCUCUAUAAUCAAUCCAAAGAAGAAGAAAGAAAGAAAGAAGGUUAUUUGGAGGUUGGAUUUAUGGAUUAUAAUUGGAAAUGAGAUUAGGAUAUUCAUAGUCACCAGCACAUUUUUGGCUUGGGCAACAAGAUUACAAAGCAGA